AUGGGUUUGGACGAAUUCCUGCCUCUUCGUUUCCUUCCCUCGCACCGACGACGAAGCGCGGCCAGCCCACCCAGAGCGCAGCCGCAGAAGCGCCCGGAACCUUCUCCAGGAUUGCAAGCGGCGUUCGGGACCAGUUCCAGGGACAGUCGCCCUUUCAGUUCGGAAGGCUUCUGUCUCCUGGGUUCUGCUGAUAACCGACGGACUUUCAAGCUGCGCGGCAGCGGCAACGCGCUCGGACCAGCAGAAGUUCCCCUCUUUGAUGUCCCUGUUUUAUGCCUGUGUCCUUCAGAGGAACCCAUUUUAUCAAGAUCACCAGUUUCAUCUACAGCGACAAGGGUACCAGCCAGUGGAAAACUGGCGGCGGAGCGCGAGGAGGGGCCGCGCGACGACACCAAGUGGCCCUUCUCAGCAUCCCAGCCUCCCGACCAUCAGGGAGGACGAGUGGCCGCGUGGCCAAGUCCAGCAGUUCAGCGCAGCCACGAGGACGGACUCCACCUCUUCCGCCGGACAGGUACCCUAAAUCAGGGCAAUCGUCGGGUCCUCCGCAGCAGCGUCACCAUCUCUCUCCAGGAUGAGGACCUGAUGAGAGUUCCUGCUGGGUUCCUGGGCCCCCUCCACGACUGUCGGGACACCACCGUGCUCAUCUUAGAAGACUCCUUCAACACGCCGAAUGAAAUCACCAUCUUACCUGAGGGAAAGUCGGUGCAGAUGCGGCUCAUGGCAGACACAGGAGCUGACGUGACCAUCAUCCCCCAGGCGAGGUGGCCCAGCGACUGGGAGCUUGUGCCCCCUUGCGGCAGGAUCUCCGGUGUGGGCGGAGUGGUCCACUCUCUGAGGAGUAGGCAUCUUGUGUGCGUGGAAGGUCCGGAAGGACAAUUGGCAACGGUGAGACCUUUUGUUGUCUCUUCAAACAUACUAUUAUUAGGAAGGGAUGUUUUAUCCCAAUGGGGAGCCCGCCUCGACAUCCCUAGCCCUUCGUGGGAUUUUUAGUGUGGGCCAC